AUUUGCUUAAUAAAUUCGUCUCGUAGUUUACUGGCGGAAUCUGUAAUUUAUUUUGUUAUUAGUCUACAUUUAAUACUUCGUAUGUGUGUCCGUAUACUUAAAAAAACAAUUUGGCGCAUGAAAUAAACACGGGCCUUGCUCUUUUAUAGCCCAGCUUGAGUUCUUCCUCGAGGAAAGGAAUCGAUCGCUUCUUGCAUUGGGUAGCUGUUGUUGUAUUGUAGCCUGCAUCGAGCAUGACUGGUGGUCUCGAGGUAGCCAUGGUGGCCGGCGGCGGCAAUGGUGGCGCCGCCGUGCUCGUUGGCAUCACCGUUCUACUGUUUGUGGUGGUCGUCGUCGUCGUCGUUCUUGUUCGAUGGUGGUCGGGUGGUGAGGGCGGCGCGGCGCCGAGCCCGCCGGCGCUGCCGGUGCUCGGCCACCUCCACCUGCUGAAGAAGCCGCUGCACCGCUCGCUGGCAGCGGUCGCCGCCGGGGUGGGCGCGCCGGUGGUGUCGCUGCGGCUGGGCGCGCGGCGGGCGCUGGUCGUGUCGACGCACGCCGCGGCGGAGGAGUGCUUCACGGCGUGCGACGCCGCGCUGGCGGGGAGGCCGCGGACGCUCGCCGGCGAGAUCCUCGGGUACGACCACACCAUCGUCCUGUGGACGCCCCACGGCGACCACUGGCGCGCGCUCCGCCGCUUCCUCGCCGUCGAGCUCCUCUCCGCGCCGCGCCUCGCCGCGCUCGCCGCCGACCGCCACGCCGAGGCCGCGUCCCUCGUCGACGCCAUCCUCCGCGACGCCGCCGGCGGCGCCAAGGUGACGCUCCGGCCCAGGCUGUUCGAGCUGGUGCUCAACGUGAUGCUGCGCGCGGCGACGACGCGCCGCCGCCACGCCAGCGUCGACGCGCGCAAGCUCCAGGAGAUCAUCGAGGAGACGUUCUCGGUGAACGGCACGCCGAGCGUCGGCGACUUCUUCCCGGCGCUCCGGUGGGUCGAUCGUCUCCGCGGCAAGGUGGGCAGCCUGAAGAAGCUGCAAGCUCGGCGCGACGCAAUGGUCACCGGCCUUAUCGACGACCACCGGCAAUGGCGUAGCGGCAGCGCCGGCGAUGGCGACCAAGACAAGGAGAAGAAGGGCGUCAUCGACGCCCUCCUCGCGCUGCAAGAAACCGAUCCCGACCACUACACCGACAAUGUCGUCAAAGGCAUCAUCUUGUCGCUCCUCUUCGCCGGCACCGACACGUCGGCGCUGACAAUCGAGUGGGCAAUGGCGCAGCUGGUGACUCACCCGGAGACGAUGAAGAAGGCGAGGGCGGAGAUAGACGCCAACGUCGGCACGGCGCGGCUGGUGGAGGAGGCCGACAUGGCGAACCUCCCUUACAUCCAAUGUGUCAUCAAGGAGACGCUCCGGCUCCGCACCGCCGGCCCGGUGAUCCCGGCGCACGAGGCCAUGGAGGACACCACGGUGGGCGGCUUCCGCGUCGCGCGCGGCACGAAGGUCCUCGUGAACGCGUGGGCGAUCCACCGCGACGGCGAUGUCUGGGACGCACCGGAGGAGUUCAGGCCGGAGCGGUUCGUGGACAGCGACGCCGGCGGCGCGGUCACCGCGCCCAUGAUGCCGUUCGGGCUCGGCCGGCGGCGGUGCCCCGGGGAGGGGCUCGCCGUGCGCGUCGUCGGCGUGUCGGUGGCGGCGCUCGUGCAGUGCUUUGAUUGGGAGGUCGGUGACGACGAUGUCGUCGACAUGACCGAAGGCGGCGGGUUGACGAUGCCGAUGGCGACGCCAUUGGCGGCUGUCUGCCGGCCCCGGGAGUUUGUCAAGACUAUCCUAUCUACUUCUAUGUGAAUAGCAGAUUGGCUUCGGUAUUGUAGAUUGCGUGUGCUAUAGCAAUCACUGUAUUCCAAUGGCGAAUAAAAGAAACACUCAACUUCCAAUUUUAUGUUA